AAAAAUAUUGAUGAAGAUCAGUAGCCCAUCCUUCCUCAAUAGCCAUCGGCUACGUUCGACUCUAUCCUAGUCUCUUGGUCUAAUAUGAUCUAUAUAAACCCUAGUUUUUCGCAGCACUUGUACUCUAAGCAAAUAAAUUCCACGUCCAAGCAGAUAAACAUCACAACAACAACUUUACAAUUGUUACUGAGUUCUGAUGGCUGCUCUCAAAUUUGCAAGCGUGGUUGCGGUCAUGUGCAUGGUGCUAGUGACUGCACCCUUCACACAAUCUAUCACGUGCGGCCAAGUAGCCCGUGCCAUAUCCCCAUGCCUCGGUUACCUUCGGGGUCCUGGUGGAGUGCCACCGCCGCAGUGCUGCGAAGGAGUGAGGAGCCUCAACACCGCUGCGAGAACCACCGCCGACCGCCGGACCGCGUGCAAUUGCCUGAAAUCCUCUGCUGGUUCCAUUUCUCGGCUUAAUUUCAAUACCGCAGCUUCACUCCCAGGAAGAUGUAGAGUGAGGAUCCCCUACCAGAUUAGCCGUUCCACCAACUGCAACGGGAUCAGGUGAUGGCUAAUUGAUCCGGAGAAGAAAAAAAGUGGAAGGUGUAUGUAUGUACUAUAUCUGAUGAUUGUGUUGAAGAACUAAAUAAAUCAAAGGGUGAUGAACACUUAUGUGAGUGUUCUUUGUAUCAUUAUGUAUAAGUUCAAACUUUGUUCUAGUUAUGUUAUCGCGUUCACUGAAAUUUGUCCAUGUUGUUUUUGGGGCAUUAAUAAUGGCAACUAUGUGUUUUUUUUUUUCA